AUGAGUUUCGUCCGCUUCCUUGAGUGGGUCUUUUUCUUGUAUUUUGCCUCCCACAUUCCGAUUACUCUCUUCAUCGACCUCCAGGCUCUUCUGCCCGGCGAACUUUACCCUCAAAGCCUGAAGGAUGUGUUACGCUGGUAUGCAGCCCAGUUCAAAGACCCGAUGAUGCUGGAUCCCCCAGCCUGGUUCAAAUCUUUCAUCUUCUGCGAGGCUCUUCUGCAAACGCCCUUUUUCCCCAUCGCGGCUUAUGCCUUCUACAAAGGAGGAUGCAGGUGGAUCCGGACUCCUGCGAUUGUCUACGCCACCCAUGUGGCGACCACGCUGAUCCCCAUCCUGGCUCACAUCCUCUUCUACCGCUUCCCGGAGGCGCCCCACCCCGGCCCCCAGAGCCCCCAGGAGCGCCUCGCUCUGACGGCCAUCUACGCCCCAUACCUCCUCAUUCCCAUCAUCCUCCUGCUCACCAUGCUGCUCAGCUCGGCCUACGGGGCGGCCGCAGCCCCGGCGAGGGAAGGUAGGGCAGCGAGCAAGAAGAAGAGAUAG